CAACCUGUCUUGGACCUAAUAGCAGCCAUUGUGGAAGAUGGUGCGACUCUGACCCAGGACAGGCACGCGAGUAGCCCGGUAGCAGCAGCCGCGGCUGGACUGUUCGGUGUGCCGACUCUUGCGCUGGCAUUAUUCAGAGCCAUCUCGCCUCACUACUACGCUCCAAAGGAGGGUGGGAAUAUGUUCCUCUACAAUGACGCAACCUGGCUAUCGGAAAAACUAGCGGAUUUCUCGGCCACCUGGAAAACCCGCCAUGAUAUCAGCACCCGAGCGCAAAACAUGCUGAGACUAGACAACGACGUCAAGGCUCUUCAAGGGUUUGCCAACCGCGCCUACACGAACGAGCUCAGUCUCAAAAAGAUGAUGCUGCGGGAUCGGUUGGGGGGUGAGCAAAACCUUUUGCAGCUGGACGACACGGAAUCCUACGUUGCGUCGGCGGUCUCGAUGGUUAGGUCGAUAGCGCUGGAGUGGGAGCCCAUCCUGGCGAAAUCUGUGUGGCAGCAGGCGGUUGGGUCGAUGGUUGACGCGUUGGCGUCGAAGAUUGUUUCUGAUGUGAUGGAUCUGCCGUCUAUUGGGCAGGAGGAGGCGUAUAAUAUUGCGAAGCACAUCGCUUCCGUGGAGGAGCUGGAUGAUUUGUUUUUGCCGAGCAAGGGGGAGGUGCCGUUGACGGCGCAGUUUGCGGGGAGCUGGUUGAGGUUGAAGUACUUGAGCGAGGUGCUGCAGAGCAAUUUGAAGGAUGUGAGGUAUUUGUGGAUGGAGGGGGAGCUGAGCUUGUAUUUUGGGGUGGAGGAGGUGCUGGAUUUGAUUGGGGCUAGUUUUGAGGAUAAUGCGAGGACGAGGGAGGUGGUGAGGGAGAUUAGGGGGAAUCCGAGGCCUAGGGGGGAGUAG